UCAGCAUAUGCGACUCGCUGGAAAUGGUAUGGAAUCUUUACGACCCUGAUCCCUGUUGACUAGCCCAGUUGGAAACGCGGUCCUCGCAGCAUUGUCCUCUCAGUCCUGCCCUCCGCGAAUGAGCGACAUUGCCCCUAUUCACCUGCGUGCUGGUUUGGCUCAGCCACCCGUGCCUUUUCUUGUCAUUUUCCUAUCUUCGAUCGUGUCGCGCUUACUACUGGUCGUUGUCUGGGAUCUAAGUCGCAUUCCCCGCAGUUGAUUCGCUAUGUGACGGAGAAAUUGAACCGAAGGAUUAGUCCCGGUCAUCGGUUCGCGGGAUUCAUAUAAGUAAUAUGACAGCUUACUCUCCGCGGUCGCUAUUUCUAUUCCUGCUUCACAGGGCUUGUGUCUUUACUCACUUUCCCACUUCCCCUAGUCGCUUUUGUUACCGGUCCAUUGGAAAAGCUGCGCGAGGUUAUCACACAGCUCAAGCAUCCCGCUGGUCGCGAGACGCCCUAGCUAUGCAGCAGUCAGACAUCUUUGUAGGCUCGAUUGACCAGGGUACCACCAGUACCAGGUUUCUGAUCUUCAAUCGCGAAGGGGAACCGGUGGCCUCGCAUCAGAUGGAGUUUCCGCAGAUCUAUCCAAAAUCCGGAUGGCAUGAGCACAACCCACUGGACCUGGUGUCUUCUGUGGAAACAUGUGUGGAGCAAGCAGUCAAACAGUUUGAAUCCACUGGUUUUUCUCGCGUUGAUAUCAAGGCAGUCGGGAUUACCAAUCAGAGAGAAACCACUGUGGUUUGGGAUUAUGAAACCGGUGAACCACUGUGCAAUGCCAUCGUGUGGACGGACACGCGAUCGCAAGCGAUUGUCAAUGAGUUGAAGGAGAAGCCUGGGGCGUCACGAUUACAGCAAGUCUGUGGCCUCCCGUUAUCAACCUAUUCAUCCUCGUCCAAGCUGCUCUGGAUGCUCGCAAAUGUCCCCAGGGUCAAGGACGCUUAUGAGCGCGGUACGCUCGCAUUUGGUACCAUCGACACCUGGCUCGUGUAUUGUUUGAACGGAGGUCGCCAAGCAAAUGUAUUUGUUUCGGACCCUACCAAUGCGUCACGGACGAUGUUCAUGAACUUGGAAACUCUAGAGUACGACAACUCGCUUUUAGACUUCUUUGACAUUCGAGGAAGAGUUCAUCUGCCGAAGAUUGUUCCAUCUUCUGAUACAAAAGCCUAUGGCGUUAUCUCAGAUGGAGUCCUCGCUGGCGUCCCUAUCAUGGGUUGUCUCGGCGAUCAGUCCUCGGCUCUUGUCGGCCAGAAAGGGUUCUCGCCAGGGAUGGCAAAGAACACAUACGGCACAGGGUGUUUCCUCCUUUACAAUGUGGGCGAAAAGCCUGUUAUAUCCAAACACGGCCUAUUGGCCACAGUCGCCUAUCACUUUGAUGGAAAGCCAGUGUACGCUCUCGAGGGGAGCAUCGCUGUUGGUGGCUCCGGAGUCAAGUUCCUGCAGAACAACCUGGAGUUCUUCAAGGAGUCCAAAGAAAUCAACGAUUUAGCCCUCACGGUGGAAGAUAACGGAGGAUGUGUCUUUGUUACUGCGUUCAGCGGGCUCUUUGCACCUUAUUGGAUUGACGACGCGAAAGGAACUAUCUUCGGAAUUACACAGUACACGAAGAAGGGCCACAUCGCCAGGGCCACGCUUGAAGCAACCUGCUUCCAAACAAAGGCAAUUCUGGACGCGAUGGAAAAGGACAGUGGCCAUGCGCUGUCGGAGCUGGCAGUUGACGGAGGAAUGAGUAACUCUGAUCUUGCAAUGCAGACCCAAGCAGACCUGAUCUCCAUUCCGGUCUAUCGCCCGAAGAUGCGAGAGACGACCGCGCUAGGUGCGGCCAUUGCCGCCGGCCUGGCAGUUGGGCUUUGGCGGAACUUUGCCGAAUUGCGCGAUAUCAACCGUUCUGGGGGAACGGUCUUCGAGCCUCGGAUUGGCCGCCAGCAAAGUGCGGAGUCAUUUGCCCUCUGGGAAAAGGCAGUCAACAUGAGCAGGGGAUGGGUUGGGAACAAGGUGCCACCCGCCGUCCCGGAGACCAAGAAAGAUGCUCCCGCUGCUGUGCAGCACAGCGAGAAUACCCAGAUGGUCCCAGCGAAGGUCAACAGCAGCAUUCUUCCGGCGAAGAGGCCAUUGGUCAGUAUCUCCAGUGAUCUGGACGAUGCCGACGAGGACUAUCUGUAUCUGGAACUCCGGCGAGUCGAGAUUCUGCAGAGACUGAAGAAGCUCACCAAGCUCAAGGUAACCCUUUUAUCAACUUAGCCAUCGCUGAUAUUCAGCUGGUUCGUUGAGAUGAGCACAUUCUACUGUACCAAAAUGUACAUUCAUGAUUAGGGAGGCAGACUCUUGGGGCUUCACGAUGUCCAUUCACACAGCAUAUAAUGAAGUUAUGAAACAGAAGCUAUAUACAACACGCUCUUUGAC